AUGGGACAGUGCCUCAAGACUUUACCUGCUCAUUCUGACUUUAUUUCAACUGUUCAUUUUAAUCGUGAUGGAUCCUUGAUAGUAUCAAGUAGUUAUAAUAGUCUCUGUUGAAUCUGGGAUGCAGCAUCAGGUCAAUAUCUAAAAACACUUAUUGAUGAUGAUAAUUCUCCUGUGUCUUUUGUGAAAUUCUCUCUGAAUGGUAAAUACAUUCUUGCUGCAACUCUGGACAACAGUCUAAAGCUAUGGGACUAUAGCAAAGGGAAGUGCCUGAAGACAUACACUGGUCACAAGAAAGAGAAAUACUGCAUUUUUGCUAAUUUUUCAGUCAUUGGUGGAAAGUGGAUUGUGCCUGGAUCAGAAGAUAACCUAGUUUACAUUUGGAACCUCCAGACAAAAGAGAUUGUACAGAAAUUACAAGGUCAUACAGAUGUGAUUUCAACAGCUUGUCACCUCAUUGCAUCAGCUGCAUUAGAAAAUAACAAAACAAUUAAACUCUGGAAGAGUGACUGUAGAGCCCUUUUGAUAUCAGGCUAA